UGAGGUUGAUAAGGAUGGAGAGGAUGAGCAGAGAGGGGAUUGAUGUGGUUCUAUGAGUGCUGAGCUGCAGGAAAUUCCACAGCUUGGAGCCGUGAUGUGUGUGGAUCACCCACAGUCCCUGGGAACUAUCAUAACUGAUGAUGAGGGGGGAAAUCGACUGACCCGAAAACAUGAACCACAUUAAACUAUCCGUGCUGGGCAGCAAAGGAGCUGGAAAGUCUGCGCUGAUUGUGCGAUUCCUCACCGGACGAUUCAUCGGAGAAUACGCCUCCACCUCUGAGUGUAUCUACAACAAGCAGGUGACUGUGGAUGGCAAGACAACCAAUGUGGAGAUAUACGACCCAUGUACCCAGCCUAUUAAGCAGAAUCCUCCUCUGAGUGAGGAACUGAGCAGAGCAGAUGGCUUCCUUGUUGUAUAUGAUAUCAGUCACAGAUCAACCUUCAUUUUUGCCAAGACAUUGAUCUGCAGCCUGCGGGACUCGCAAUUCAAAAGUUGUAAAAGAGAUACGGAGGCAGCAGUGUUCUUAAUUGGCAAUAAGCAGGACCUCUGCCAUGUCAGGGAGGUAGCAUUAGAAGAAGGGCAAGUCGCAGCUCUGGAGUACAGAUGUCAGUUCUUUGAGUUGUCUGCAGCUGAACAAUACCAGGAAGUUGCCGACAUGUUCACAUCCAUCAUGAGAAAGAUUCUCCACAACAUCAAGAUCAAGGAGAAGCAAAGGCCAAGCGGCUCCAAGUCCAUGGCCAAACUGAUCAACAACGUGUUUGGCAAGAGACGUAAAUCUGUGUGAGGAGGAUAUGGGCACUGACCACUGCUGUGUGAAGAGAAUUCUGAUGGAGUCACUACGUACAUACAUAACAUUAUCUAACAUGUACUGAUUCCAAGUUAUGCCUUGUAUUAUGCUCCAGAGCUUCACUCACUGUUUUUCUGCUGGAGUCACUUUGUAUAUACUGUAUAUUGCAUGCCCUAUCCUGUACUGAUCCUUAAUUACAUCCUGUAUUAUACUCCAGAGCUAUGUUCACUAUUCUGCUGGUGGACUAUGGUGUCACUGUGUACAUACAUUACACUACGUACUUAUCAUAAAAGGAGAGAACAUAUAAAGGACAGAUACAACUGUAGGGGUACCCCUUAUCUUCUACUGAAUUACAUCCUGUAUUAUACUUUACAGCUGCAUUCAGUAUUCUUCUGGUGAAGUCACUGUGCACCUACAGUACAUUGCUUCAGUUAUCCUCUACAGAUGGAUCUGGAUAGAUUAGAGGCUUGGGCAGAGAAUUGGCAGAUGAGGUUUAACGCUGACAAAUGUCAGGUUAUGCACAUGGGAAGGAAUAAUGCAAGUCACCUGUACAUACUAAAUGGUAAAACAUUGUGCUGUAAUAAGUGGGGGUCCCAGUGGUCUGAUUGCCACAGAUCAGAUAUCAGUUAUACUGUGGUUAAGUGAUAAUUGUCAAUCAUGGUACAACAUCUUUAACCCCUCCUCGACCAGUGCCGUACUAGUACAGUACAGUGUUGGCCAGAUCUUUAAAGAUGCCGCCCACUCCUUAGCAGAGCAGAUGACAUAGUCACGGGUUGUCUGCUGUUUCAUACAGCAGACACCCGCAGCUUAUGUCUGCGACUGCCAAUAAUGCCAUCUGUGCGCGUGCAAACUCGGAGGUGAGCACAUCCGGUUAUUCUCCGUCUCCCUCCGGCGGCGAACGGAGGAGCCGGAGCUGGUAUGCAGCAGCCCCUGUCAUAGACAAUGACAGGAGGCUGCUGCCUAGUGUUUCCUAUGGGGCCCCUGUCUAUAUCAGGGCUCCAUAGGAAACUGGUAUUCUCAUAGACUCCAAUGCAUUGGAGUCUAUGACAAAUGUACUAAUCUAAUGAUUGCUUAGUAUAGUUCCCUAUGGGAACUAUAAAAAAGUGUAAAAAAGAAAUAAAAUGUUUUUAAAAAUAAAAUAUAAAGAUUCAAACCGCCACCCUUCCAUACCAAAAAAACUAAAAAAAUACACAUCAUGGGUAUCGCCACGAGUGAAAAAAGUCAAAAUAGCUGAUUCAACAUUUUUUGUCGCUUCAUUUAAAAAAAAAAAAAAAAG